CUCUUGUGGCUCUAAAAGGCGUAACAGUGGCAGUCAGCCAAGAAGGCUUUAGCAAAACUGCAAAGAAGACGCUCAGCUUGAUCCUAAAUGUGAUCAAGUGUAGAGUGGCCAACUCUGAGAGUUCAUCUGUUGGGCAGAUUGCAAGUGAGGAGUGUCUGAUAGCCACUAACAUGUUAGACUCUGUACUGGAGAGCCUUGACCAGUUGCCUGACAUGAGCGCUGCCGAUGAAAUCACAAGGACAGAAUCCCAUACCUCUAUCGCAAUGGGCGAGACAGGUUCACGGUCAGCGCUUGUGAGCCAACAAGAAAUAAACAUAUCUGACACCAAUAUCAUAGUGAAAACUAUAAUGGACACAUUGAAGACGGACGACCCAGAGAUGACUUCAGCAGAAGAACAUCUGGAUAGGCUCCUGUCAGUUGAAGCCCUUCAAGGUGCAUCUGGCAACCUGAUCGCAAAGGUCCAUGGUCUCAUUCAGGAGAUAACCAUAAACCGCCAGCUUCAAUCCAUGGUUGGCCACAGAAGCCUCUCUCAACCAGCGCUGCCUAAACCAGCCCUGAGGAAGCUGUCAAAGGGCGAUGCCUCAGAGCUCAUUUACAACUUUGCCCAGACUUCUGUUAGGAGACUCCUGGGGCAGUGUAUGGGAAGGCCUAUGCCACCAUCGGCUGAAAUGGUUUUGGAUCAGGUCAUCAAGUUGAUGACAGACGUGGUGAUGGACAGCCUGACUUAUGUGUCCAAGUCUACAAUGGAGGAUGACACCAGCAAUGCCACAAGUGACAUCACUCAUGGUGUUGUAGCUGACCUUAAUGCUACUGAGGAAUUCCCUGCCAGGAGCCUUAGCCCGGCUGAUGUAAAGGCUGGCGGCAUGGCCCGUCUUCCCUCUGCCAGAGGGGAAGAGACUAAGAAGAACAGGAAGUGGCGUUUCCUACCGAAAAUGCAUAAGUUUCCAAAGAUCAUGAUUAAGAUGCUGAGUGUGAGGUUCCAGAGGUUCCAUCCACUUCCCCCACCCAAGGAGGACCUGACAACCACACCGGCCCCUGCUCCCCAGGAGUCCCAGUCCCGUAAACGCCCACUCAUAGUCAGGGUGUUACACGCUCUCUCCAGAGCCAUCUCCAAACCAUUCAGAGGAGCUUCUGGGAAGAAGAAUUAG